GAUGAGGCGAUGCUACGCAGGAGCUUAGCGUUUGAGCGUGGGGGCGGGGCUUCAUCCCAGCGACCCCGUCUGAUUGGUUGACAAUAAAAGUAAUGAGAACAAGUGAGGCCGGCUACGUGCGUUCAUCCUCGCAGGAGCUGUGGAUGGGAGAAUCGUGAGGGGUUUAACUUAAGGACAGUGUCAGUUUGGGCGGGCGGGUCCUUCGAAGUCUUCAUCCCUCCACCUGAACCCCCCCUUAGGAGCGCGUGUCCUCCACGCGUCGUCUCUGACCAUUUAAGCUCGUGCUCGUGCGGUCACAGUGCAGAAGAUGGAGGGGCAGAAAAAGCAGGUGACAGGCUACCUCCUGUUCUCCAUGGGCACCGCUGUCAUAGGCUCCUUGCAGUUUGGAUACAACACAGGAGUCAUCAACGCACCAGAACAGAAAUUACGGUCCUUCUUUAACAACACUUGGGUGGAACGUUAUGGCGAGCCCAUCAGUCCUGGGGUGUGUACUAUUGUCUGGAGUAUCGCUGUCGCCAUCUUCAGCGUGGGGGGCAUGGUGGGCUCCGUCAGUGUGGGCGUCUUGGCGAACCGCUUUGGCAGGCGUCGCUCCAUGUUUAUUGUGAACUCACUGGCCGUGAUCGGUGGCCUGCUUAUGGGUUUCUCUACCGUCUGCUCAUCCUAUGAAAUGGUGAUUGCUGGUCGCCUGGUUAUCGGCUUAUUUUGUGGCUUUUUCACCGGCUUGACUCCCAUGUACGUGGGCGAGGUGUCACCCACACCCCUUCGUGGCGCCUUCGGUACCCUUCACCAGCUGGGUGUGGUUCUGGGCAUCCUGAUUGCUCAGAUCUUUGGUUUGGAGGCUCUGCUGGGCUCAGAGAAACUGUGGCCCCUGCUGCUGGCCCUCACAGUGGCCCCUGCUGUGCUGCAGUGCAUCCUUCUGCCUUUCUGUCCCGAGAGCCCUCGCUUCCUGCUGUGUAACCUCAAACUAGAGGAACAAGCACGCAAAGUGCUGGUUCGUCUGCGUGGCACAGAGGAUGUGAGCAAAGAUCUGCAGGAGAUGAAGGAAGAGAGUGCAAAGAUGGCCCAGGAGAAGAAGGUGACCAUUCCUGAGCUCUUCCGAUUGGCGAGCUACAGACAGCCCCUCCUGAUCGCGGUCAUGCUGCAGCUCUCCCAGCAGCUCUCAGGAAUCAAUGCUGUCUUUUACUAUUCCACAGGGAUCUUUCAGUCAGCCGGCGUGAAGCAGCCCAUUUAUGCCACCAUAGGAGCCGGCAUCGUCAACACCAUCUUCACGGUUGUCUCUCUCUUCCUGGUGGAGAAGGCGGGGCGACGCACUCUCCACCUGCUGGGGUUGGGUGGAAUGGCCAUUGGCGCUCUGGUCAUGACCAUCUCCCUGCUGUUGAAGGACAUCCCAGCAAUGAGCUACGUGGCCAUCAUAGCUAUCAUGUUUUUUGUGGCUAUGUUUGAGUUGGGCCCCGGUCCAAUCCCGUGGUUCAUUGUGGCUGAGCUGUUCUCCCAGGGGCCCCGUCCUGCAGCCAUGGCUGUCGCUGGCUGCUGCAACUGGACCGCAAAUUUCCUUGUUGGAAUGAGCUUCCCCAAACUUGAGGAAUGGUGCGGGCCUUGGGUCUUCCUCAUCUUCACUGCCUUCCUUAUCCUCUUCUUUAUCUUCACCUAUAUCAAAGUCCCAGAGACAAAAGGAAGAACCUUUGAGGAGAUCUCCCGUGUCUUCAGUGGCGCUCCGCCUCCUUCCGCCUCACCCACCGAAGCUGCUCCUGCUGCAGCGAACGCCACCGUGGCACUGCCAGGCUCUCCCGAGAAAGAGAAAGAGAAGGUUCCAUUGGUGGAGGUACAAGCAGCAGCUCCAGAAGUAGCCCCACCUGCAGCGACUGAAAACACGCCCCUCGCUGACAAACCCGCAGAAGAGCUUGCAAAGCAGGUGUAGAUUUGAUCGUAAGGAGGGCUUCAAAUGAAAGAAAAAUCAGAGACUCACUUCAACUCUGGAACCCCUAAGUUAAUGUUUAAAUCCUUAUUACAUUUCCCUCUUUGAUUCUACUAUGAUAUUCCAGGGAGUAUAGCUGGUUUAGACGACAGCCAGCACAGAUGUUUUGACGAUUCUGGACGACACAUAUUUCCGGUAGCAGAAAUCGACACGAAGAACAGCUGUAAUGUUCACUGUAAAAGGGGCGUAGAUGACAGAGAAGCUUUAACAAACAGACCUGGGUGCUACAUCUUUUCCUAAAUCUGCUCCGAGAUUAGGAGAUGCGAAGGAAUGUGACCCACUUUUUAACACCCAAAUUCCAUUUCACGGAAUUGUCAAAAUGUGUUUGCCUCCCCCUUUCGCAUAAAUAUUAAUUUUAGACAAAGGAUUUUAUUCAUGAAAGGUGGAAAUUUGCCCAUCCCAGACCAUGACACUACCUCCCUUCAUGUGUCUGAAAAACCUGUUUGUUUUUAAAAAGCAUAUGUCUGGUGACCUGAAUAACAAACAUUGAGGGGGACAAAAACUUUUUCUCAACUCUGUAAGUUUUGUGGACACCGCAGUGCAGGAAAGCUCAAACCUCUUGCUGUAGUUUUUUGCCAAACAAAAGUUAGCACUAGUUAAUUAAUUUUAUCAUGAAAUGCAGUACUUACAAAACUAAUAUUGGAAUUUAUUUCUAAAAUCACAACAUAUUUUUUCAAUUUAAAUGACUUCUAUUUUCUAUUUAAUCAUUCUAUUACACAAGGCACAUAUUUAUUGGGAGUUGCAGAAUGCUAAUAGAAGAACCAAAGCUUUGAAGCUCAUAAAAAUGUUUAAAUUUAGAUAUAAUAUUAGAAAUAGAGGUUUUAUUUAAAGAAAAUGCAUAGCUAUAAAGAGUUUCUCAAAGGUCUAUAUAAGAAGUGAACACAUUAACAGCUAUGAGGACAUGCAGAUUCAUUCACUCAUUGCGCUCUUUGGUAAUCAGACUAAUGCCAUAGACUGCUUGUCAGUGGUAUAGAAGCACUUCAUGUAAAACCAACAAUGCUCAUAGUCUGCACUGUAUUUACACAAGACAUACAUCAGAUAUUUAACUGUCUAACAUGUGCAAUUAUUGUGAAAUCUUCAGCCAUAAAGGGCAGAGGCAAGUGGCGGCGAGAUGUUAAUAAUGUAGAUUUGUGUGCAGAGAAAGACUUUAAUUGACUUUUGUGUUUUAUUUUCUUGAGAAUUACAUUAUUUAGUUUUUUUUUCUUUUCAUAAGAGGAACAAAUGAGAAGUCAGAGAAAAAGGCCAAUUUAACGUGCGGGAUUUUCAAAAUAAGACAUCCUGAGCUCUCUGUUUUUAUUCUCAAAUCAAGUGGAAAAUUUUGCAUAUUUUAAAAAAUAAAUACUGGGCUUACUAUAAAUUUAGAUGUUUAAGUGUUGCAACAAAAUCUACUUUUAUUUAAAGUAUGUUGCAAGAUUUCUGCAGGAAUGGUUCAAAGAUUUUCUCCAAAAGGCCCCCAAAACACAGAAAUGCCAGCUUUAGCUCCAUCUACUGUCACAAAAAUAUAACCUACCAGCAGAACUUUCUUUACUCCCAUCAAUGGAUCUGCCAUUCCCCUAACUUUUCCGGUUGAUAUUACUGCUAUAAUAUAAUAAUGGAGGUAAAUGCCUUUAAUUAUCCUUUGUGUGGCAUUUAUUCCCAGGCAUUGGUUUCAUACCUUUAAUUAAAUAUUCCAGCAGAUUUAUUUAAGAAAUUCACCAGCAAAGUUUCAAGCUCAAACAGACUCUGUGAGUGAUUCUUAUCUAAAAAA